AUGGCGCAAGGUGACGGCGGUGGUGGAACGAGGCCACUCUUGGUGGCAGGAUUGGUGGUAUUGCUUGCUGCCAUACUUCAGCACGAGGCGGAGGCUCACGUUGCGCUUACGUUUCCACCGGCACGGAAGUACGACCUGGACUUUCUAGACAACUCACGCACGAAAGCACCAUGUGGGAUGCCGAAAGGUUCUUUGAAGACAUCAUUCAUCGAGGGCAGCACGUUCAACGUUUCGUGGCAUCUUGCCUAUCCACAUCGGGGUGGCUUCCGGUUGGAGGUACUCGAUACCAAGGAGAAACCGGUGCUGAAUUUGACACCAAGUAGCAAGGAAAAGCGAUUCGUGCGCGAUGACGUAACCGCUCAACAGUAUCAGGUCUCGCUGCCGAGGAACUUCACCUGCCGGGACUGCACGCUGCGGUUGGUCCGGCAGGCGGACGAGUGGGGUGGCAACUAUCGGUUUUGGUCGUGCGCCGACGUGGACAUUGUGCCACGGCGCGAGCACCACGAGACCUGCUCCGGCCACGGGAAGUUCAUUGCGCGCUGCAAGUGCGACAAGAAGUACUACGGACAGCGCUGCGAGUUCUGGGAUGAGUGCGUCUCCAACCAGGACUGCGGCAUCCAGGGAACAUGCGUGGACCUGGGCGGAACGUCGCUGCCGCGGCGUCAGUGCUACUGCCGCCUCGGAUGGUUCGGUCCGGGAUGCAACAAGAAAUCGCCGAUCAAGUCCACCGACAUCGACUAUUCGGUGUACAAGGCGAAAACUCUGUCGCCAGAUCUGAACGUCUACUGGCGCGUGCUGAAGGACCAGAACGAAGUCGAGAUGGUUCUGAAGGUGAACGGCACUUCGUGGGUAGCACUCGGUUGGCGACCGCGUAAAAUGACGGCAGAGUGUAAGAACUUCCCCUUAAUUGGUGGUGCGGCGGAAGGAGCUGUUGCCGAACCCGAACCCGCCAGUGAACCAACCUCCGAACCAGAGCCGGAAACAGAACCUGAGCCAGGAGCUGAGCCGGGAGCAGAACCGGGAGCAGAACCGGGAGCAGAACCGGAGCCACCGAAAUCAGCACCUGAACCAGCAUCGGAGCCUGGAGCGGAACCCAGUUCAGAACCAGCACCGAAAAGUGAACCAACUCCGGAAGGGGAACCAGCCUCGGAACCGGAACCAGUAAGUGAGCCUUCAUCAGAGCCCACUUCUGAGCCAGAACCCAAAGGAGAACCUGAACCAGAACCUAAUGCUGCAGAACCGGCCGUCGAGCCUGGAGCCGAACCAGAGCCCAAAUCGGAACCCGAGCCGGCCGGUGAGCCGGAACCUGAGAGCGUUACGGAGCCUUCGGCUGAACCGCAGAAGAGAAGUAAACGUGCUGUUACCGCAACACCCUCAGCAGAGCCGGAACCUGAGCCAAAAACCGAACCGACAUCGGAACCUGCGGCAUCCAAGCCCAAACCAAAGCCCAAACCGACCGUCGCGGCCCAGACGUUGAAGCUGAACCCUUACACUCCCCGGCAUGACUUCAAUCCGAUGGAUUGUACGGAUAUCGUGAUCGGUACGGCACGCGGGGAAAACCAUCGCGUGUGGGACUACUACACCCGCGACCGGUCGACUCCCCGGCAGGACAGCUUCUGGGGUGGCAAAUCGGACCUCACGGCGACGGGCGGGUUCGAGAAGGAUGGCGUCACCACGAUCGUGUUCCGGCGUCGGCUGGAUGCGACCGAACCCACCGAUCACGCCAUCGUCGACGAUCUGAUGCACGUGAUUUGGGCACGUGGGCAGGAGCCGGGAGCGUACGUGCAUUCUCCACCUUCGGGAGUGGAGAAAGAAGCCGCCUCGGUGAGCGACUUCUACCAGCCGGACGAGCUGAAGUACCACGGACACAAGAUGCAGCGAGGAGUGACACAAAUAAAUUUCCUCGAGGACGAGCGCCGAUCGCCGGUGGUGGCGACCGCGCCGGGAGUGUCCCCGGAAGCGGGUGUGAGUGCAAAGGCACCCGCCAGCGGUGACGUGGUGCUACCGGCUGGACCGGUCGGACACGAGUUGGACAACGAGUGCCACGGGUUCUACAAGUUCCCGCGCACGUGCGACCCAGCGCAGGCCAACUGCGAGUACUUCCUCAGCUGGCAGACGGUGGCUCGCGGAGAGGCGGUCCACUUCCAUCUGGAGACGAAGAACACGGCCACGUGGACCGGAGUCGGCUUCAGCAACGACCAGAAAAUGUCGCAGACGGACGCCGUCAUUGGCUGGGUGGACAAGACGAGCGGGCGGCCGUUCCUGAUGGACACCUGGAUCAAUGGCUACUCGGCGCCGAAGCUGGACGGCCGGCAGGACUUGUACAAUGCGUCCGGCGCGAUUCAGAACGGACGCACCGUGCUGGACUUCUCGCGCAAGCGCAUCACGGGCGACGAAAGCGACCUGGACUUCACGGAGGAUCGUUGCCUGUACCUCAUGUUUCCAAUCGAGGGCGGCUCCUUCAACCCGGUCAACAAGAAGAUCGGCAAGCACAUGUCCGUCCCGGUGGUGACGGAUACGCGCGUCUGCAUAAAGUCGUGCGCCAGCAUGUUCGAGGAGCCGGUGGUGGCUACGCCCGCUCCGGACCGGAUCGCCUACGGUGCGUCGAUAAAGCUGACGAACCUGGCGUCCGGGUUCCAGGUUCCCCAAGCUGGAACACCCGAGCACCGCGAUCUGUCCAAAUCAGUCGCGGACACAUUCGACGGAGUGCUAAAGGAAGUCUCCGGCUUCCAUCGGACGGAUGUCGUCGAUUUCGAGAACGAUGCCGACGGCAGUGUGCUAGUGAAAAUGAACAUUCUCGUCGACAAGGAGCUGAAGGAUGGGCGCCGAAACCCACAAGUCGAUGAUCCAGCGGCGCUCGAGCAGACCAUCCACAACCUCAUGACGAACAACCUUUCCUCCGGCAAGGUGGGAGCGUUCUCCGUCGAUCCCAUGUACCUGACAUUUAACCAACUGGAAGGUAAGCAGGGGUAGCGGUGGACACCCAGGGAAGAGUACGAUCUGUUGCCGGCUGGCGUGCGCCUGUAUUUGAUCUUGGGAUGCAUCGCAGGACUCGUAUUCAUUGCCAUCAUACAGGCUACCUGCACCAUUAUCAAAACCCGACGAACAAACCGAUUGAAGGAUCAAUUGAUUCCCAACUCGGCGUGGAAGGACUACUCGUCGAAUACUAACUACGCGUUCGACAACUUCGAGCCGGAGAGCAAGUCGUCCCACGGUAAGGGACGCUCCUCCGAUCGAGCCUAUAGCAACGGCAACAGUCAGCAGACGACGCUGCAGAUGUCGCACUCUCCCAACAAGUCCCAGUACUACGAAAUCGAUCGGACGGACGGUACCGGUAUGCCGCCGCACCGUGGCAACGGGUCGGACUACCGCAAUGGCAGCUCGGGCUAUCCGGCGUACUCGGGCCAGCAGUCCCGCCAUGCUUACGGCGAUCGAACAAAUGGCGAGCGACCUUCGUACGCCGACCGGGCCUACUCUCUUCCGCGCCCAAUGCAGCAGCAGCAGCAGCAGCAACAGAUGCAGCAACGGCAUCACCAGGACAUGCAGUCCGGUCGGCCCGCCAACGACUACUACACGCAGGAUCGUCGGGGCAAGAGUCGCAACAAUGGCGCCCACUAUGCAGCGGCCGGGAACGGCAACCACCAUCAGCAGCAACACCACCAGCAACAGCAACAGCAGCAGCAACGUCCCAUGCCAGACUCGUCCGAUCUGUACUUCACACCGACGCAGCGAAAGUACUCCGGUGAAGUGGUGCGAGUAUUUGUCGAUUACAAUAAGGACAAGAAGUAG